CAGCUCCAGUAGAUUCCGAUGGGCCGCGGCGAGCAAAUGCUCGAGUUGCGAAAUCGACGACGGGUUCCCGCCAUUUCGUACGGAUGUUAUGCCAAUUGGACCCGCUGAAAAGGAUUCGAUGGCAGAUCGUUUGUGGCUAAUCGGUUUAGUGCGGAUUUAAUGCUUAGUUAUAUGUUAGCAGUUGGGUACUUUAGUAUACGUUGUAAAUGAGGCAAAAAGUUGCACGUGAAUUGUGGCACAUUCCGAAAACCGAGUCAAGAUUAGAUUCGAACCGUGUGGGAGGCCUGUGAAGUUUAUCGGUGCGCUGUUCGAUUGUGGGGAAUUUAUCACUCCGAAAUCAGAUAAUCUGGUAUUAAAAUCAGCACCGGGGUGCGUUUUACCGCGGAUAAAAAGCUCUCGAGCCUACAAAUAGUGGAAAGAGCUAUUGUUGCUUCUAUUGUAAACAUCGAUGUUGGGCAAAGUUCAAACAAUUUGCAGUGGAAAGUGAAUGGCUCAAGUAUUGUACCCCAAUUGAUGCCAGUGUCGUAUUCAUGAGGCUAAAAAUAAUUUAAAUGAGAAAAAUCCAAACGGCAUCCGAGAUGGAGAAGAACAAAAGUGAUUUCGUGUAAAAGCGUUAGUUUUUUUUAGUUGCAAAUGGUUCGAUUCAAACAGGGAAAACCUCAAGGGCUAGUUGAAUAAUACAAAAAGAAAUAAAAUUAAAACACAACUUUUUCGUCAGUGGGGAAAAGGUGUUUUAAUUCAUCCGAAAAAAAAUCUCUUGCUCAUGUGCGUGUAUGAAUAAAGUGAAAUAGUGAUUCUGGAAAUUUUUCUUCAGUUUUUUCAACCUCAACCAAUCGUUUUGGGAGGUUUGAAGCAAAGAGCACAAUGAUCUGCGAUGAAGUUGAAUCCGGAUCAAUCGGAGAAAUGGUGGUUCACCCGAGAAUGCAGGCGUUUAUUUCGAUGAUGGGUGGAAGCUUAACGCCGGAAGAUGUUGUUCAUAUUUGUUACCUCAAUUUCUACGGUUUGCUGGUGAAUGGUUUGGUUUUGGCGGCAUUCUUAACGGUGCUCGGAUUUGUCAUGUGGCGGUUUCCGGUUAGGCGUCAUAAUCUGCUGGCUCUGCAUAAUUUGCGCUCUUUGCUGGUGCUUUCGGUCUUUCUGAUUGGUCUCUGCGAGGUGGCCCAGUACAGUAUGGCCGUUUACCGAUUGGGACAACUUCCGUCCAAACAACAACUUGUGGCCAAAGCACAAAUGCCGAUUCACAGUACUCAAACUUCAAUUGGAACAACAACGACGACAACAACCACCACCAGUUUGCCGGAUUAUGAUGACUACCUCUACGAUUAUGAUCUGAGCGGGGAGGAUUUGCCGGAACCUCAACAACUGCACUCGGAUCGAACAGCACCGGAAGUGAGGCUGGAAGAUGGCGAUGAUGCUGACGAUGAUGAUGAUGCAUCGUAUGUGGCCGGAAGCAGACUGCCAACGAUGACGACCUUGCUCGGGUUGUGGUCCGUUUGCGUUGGCCUAUUGACGGUUGUCGUCGGAGCCAAUUUGGUUCGAAUGAUUGAGCUGAAAGAUAAAUACGGACUAUUAUACAUCGCUCUGGCGGCCGAAGGCGCUCAGUCCGUGGCCAAGUGGUGCAAAUUUAAACACAUCAAUGGUGUCACCGACACGACAACGACGGCCCUGCCAGCAUCGGUGGCCCUCGGAUCCGCCCUCCUGCUGGCAACACUGGCCGCCGUCGAUGGGAGCACCGUGCACUGGGAGAGAAAUGCUGCCCUGCUGAUGGCCCAGAAGGAGCAGCGGCUCAGCAACGUAUCGACAGUAACGCUAUCGUCAUCCUCCUACUCAAGGAAAGGACGGCGAAAGGAUUCAACGGCUGGCCCAGGAACAGGAAGUGCGACCAAGGCGACGACAACGACUCAAUCCCCGACGGGCAGCAAAAUGUCGGCACUGGGUCACAAGGCACCCUUCCUGUCCCGGGUCACCUUCUGGUGGAUUAUGCCGCUACUCUGGCGUGGCUAUCGGGAACCGCUGGAACUGGAGAAUCUCGGAUGGCUUCCGGACAGUGAUACCAGCCGGUACCACUACGAUCAAUUUCUGUCCAUUUAUCAGCGCUUUAAGCAUUCAUCGUCAUUGUGGCGAUGUUACGCACUUAACUGCUGGCAAAUGUUCCUAGCUGGCGGUGCCCUGAAGCUUCUCGGUGAUCUUUGCGCCCUGGUUGGACCGUUUUGCAUAUCCAAUAUCGUCGAUUACAUCGCAAAAUCAGCUGCAGCUACAUCUUCAUCAGCAGGUCCCCUGAAUGGGAAUGGCAAUGGGGACUCUGCCUCCACUGCCGAAGAUGUUAUUCCUUCCAAUGACAACGACAGUUUCCAUAUCCUUCGUUUCGUAAAUCAAUCAUCCUUCGACGGCAGCAGCAACAAAGUGGAUGGAGCACAUCCGGCAAUGGCUUUAACCUGGUCGGAUCUCCUGGCCAACGGGUGGUUUGUGGCCUUGCUGGUUCUGGUGGCUUCCCUAGCUCAGGGGACAUUUUCACAGGCCAGCACGCACAUCAUGGAUAUGGAAGGGAUCCGGUUGAAGAACGCUCUUCAGGGAUUGGUUUAUCGGAAAACUUUGCUGCUGAGCAGCAGCUGCUUCUAUCAGGGUCCCUCGAUGGGGAAGAAGAAGCCUGAGUCGGCUGAGGAUGACGAAGAGGAAGAAGACUCGCCAUGCCAGGAACAGUCGCAGGAAAAAACUCAUCCACCCGAUGGUUACAUAACCGGAAGCGGUGAAUCCGAUGUACCGGUUACAACUUUGGCUGCAGCCACCACAACCACAUCGUCGUCGUCGUCGUUAGCAACCAACAGCAGCAGCAGUGUCAAGGCCAAAAUGUCCCGCACCGUACCGAUUAGCGGUCAGCCGGAACCAGAAGGACCAGGUGUUUUUGCAGCAAUGGCAAAUGAAAACGCCGCACCGAGUUCACAGAUUGAAAUCCCACAUCCGCCGGCCGGAAGUACGAUGCUGGGACAGAAUAAAGAGAAGGCAAUGGCGGGGGCAACGGAAGAGAUAAAACACAAACCGGCUGCUAGUCGCUCUAUCGCAACCAAUGAUCGGCAACAGUUUGGCUGCGUUUUUACUGCUGUACCCAGCAAAAGUGAUGCAGCAGCUGCUUUUGCUGGGACAGAUUCCGGAAAUGGACCUGAAAAAACAGAUACAACAUCAACAGUGGCAGCCCAUCCCAGUAGUGCCUCGGUAAUGGACUUGCCCAGGGAGAAAAAACAGGAAAAACCUGGAGAAAGAGACCAACAGGAAAGCAGCAGUAGUGGGGAAACACCAGAAGCCAACAGCAAACAUGCGGGUGGGGAUGCAGCUUUUGUGUUUCUGCCCGAUGCUGGCACCAUCACCAAUCUGAUGUCCGACGAUGCUUUUAACGUAAUGUCUUUCGUAAAGAUUGCUCAUUACGUGUGGGCGAUACCGCUAAAGAUUGGAAUUGUGAUGUAUCUACUCUAUCGAUUGCUAGGCGUUAGCAGCGUAAUUGGAUCAAUAGUGUGCGUUCUGACUAUGACACCACUGCAGUUUGUUAUUGGCAAAAUGAUGUCCAAAAAUGCCAAACAUACAUCAAAAUGCACCGACGAGCGAUUACGGCGGAUUAACGAAGUGCUGCUAGGCAUUAAACUGAUCAAGCUGAGUGCAUGGGAAGCCGUGUUCCGGGAAAAAAUUUCCAACAUUAGACGCCGGGAGCUGAAACACCUCGAUUGGGACUCCUGCUACUGGACGAUGAUGAUGCUGCUCACACAUAUCUCAUCGGUGUUGAUAACAUUCGUGACGGUUACCGUAUUCACGCAUCUUGAGCAGGAACACCAGCACCCAUCAUCAUCAUCAUCAUCAUCAGCAACAACAACGGCAUCAAUAAUGGGGGAAACAUUGGCCUCGUCAACAACACCAGCAUCAAAGAUGGAGUUCUCUGCUGCCCGCCUUUUCGCCUCUCUGGCCCUGUUUAAUCAACUGACGGUGCCACUGUUUAUCUUUCCAAUCACGAUUCCGAUUAUCCUGUCGGCGGUUGUGAGUACCCGACGAUUGGAAGCCUUCCUCAGUCAGCCGGAAGUGACAACCGGAAGUGGCAAAGGCACGUGCUCCGGUAUGGCGGCAGGUCGAGGGAAGAGACGUCCGCAGCAGCAGCGAUACCCAAAGACUGGCGACGAAGGUGAAGGAUUCAGCUGCAGCCAUAAGAUGAGGGAAGUCUUCGAGGUGCAGCCCAUGAGGAAAAGUUGUCAGAAGACUGGAAGCCAGGAACUCAAGGGGGCCUAUUUUGGGUCGAACAACAUCACCGCCACUAUUGAUGGCAAUUUGGAAGAUCGAAUUCUAGACCGGAGCAACUGUAUCGUCGAGGAAAUCGACGAACGAGACCAGCUGAAUGAUGAUGACGACGACGAUGACGACGAAGAUGAUGAAGAUGCCCUUCAAUUCGAACGAUUUGAUCUGGCAGAUUGCGUUGAUGGAGGCCCUCCCACUCAAUUGACAACAACCAUCACCCAGCAGAAGAACUCCAAUGGCCACGGCGAUGAUGGGCGCCAUACGAAAUCAUACGAUCUGGCACAAGUGGCUGGUGCUAAUGAGUCAAGAUUCGGCGAAAUGGCAAUGAAAAAUGGAUCCCCGGUCAAGGGACCGUCGUCCGGAUGCUGCCAAGGUGAAGAUAUUGCUGAUGAUGGUGAUACUGCUACUGCUGCCGGUUGCCAAGAAGAUGAAGAAGAAGCUCCGACCGUAGUUUCCAUUCGAGAUGGACGCUUUCAAUGGGGUGCAAAUGGCGUCAGCACUUUCACAACUACUAACGGCGCCAGUGAUUGCGAAGCUCCUAGCAAACAAUCUGCUUCAACCGAGGCUGCUGCUGCUGCUUCUGCCAUCAAUGGGAUGGUUCUGAAAAUUGAUAGACUCGAUAUUCCUGAAGGGAAACUAACGAUUAUCGUCGGCCGGAGUGGAAGUGGUAAAUCAUCAUUACUGGCUGCAUUAUUGAAGGAAAUAAAUCAUCUGUCCGGUGAAGUGUGCUGGAGCAACAAUUCUUCAUUCGCCUACGUGCCCCAGCGACCUUGGCUUCUGAAUGGGACCGUGCGGGAUAACAUCCUGUUCGGCGAGCCGUUCCGUCCGAAGCGCUAUCGUCGGGUGCUGCAGGCCUGUGCUCUCGAGCCGGAUAUCCAGCUGAUGCCCGAUGCCGAUUGGACCGAGAUUGGCGAACGUGGCAUCCGGCUUUCGGGGGGCCAGCGGCAGCGAAUCGUUAUUGCUCGGGCUCUAUACGCGCCGGCCAGCGUCGUCAUUAUGGAUGAUCCGCUCUCAUCGCUGGACAACGAAGUGGCCACAUUUAUUUUCGACAAUGGGAUCCGCCAAAUGCUUCGCCGCCAGCGAAGAACGGCUCUGAUGGUGACGCAAAGGCUGCAGCUGGUUUUUAUGGCAGAUUAUAUAAUUGCCAUGGAGGCGAUGGCCAUUAGGGCAACAGGUACGAUGCCCGACUUCGAGACCAACUAUCCCCAAGUUCGGCGCCAGUGGGAAGCAAUUAUCGCCCAGGAACGAUCCAGAGAGGCCCAGUCCAGUCCUGGCAAGACGGCCCGAGAAAGGUGGAAACUUUUUAGGAAUGUAUCAAGGAUCAGCUUUCAACGGAACCAACCGGUGGAGGAAUGCUAUGAUCCGGUCCGUUCCUCGGACGGCAUGUUCUACGGAGACGGAAGUGGUGAUCUGGCAGGGGAUCGAAGGAGCGGAACCGGAAGUGGCACUGCCGCAAGAGGACCACUGGCAACGUUGCAGCGGAGCACCGGGAGCAGCAUAUUUGGAUCACGUUUCCAUGCACACGACUUGCCAAUGGUCCCCAUCGAUGACUGUUGUCAUGGCGAGAGUGUCCAACUGCGGAGGCACUACUCCAGUCGGACCCGGGCCCGGGCAGCCGAUAGCCGAGCUCAGCGGGCCAUCAGCGAUGGGGUCGUUCUGCGGGGGAAACCGAUAACGGCUACAUCGAAAUCGGCGCUCCGGGAGGUUCGUUCAGCAGCAGGUGGCGAUGGGUUAGGUUACUGUGUUUACAAAUCGCCGCACACUUCUCCGACAAUACGUGAUUCCGAGAGUGGCCCCGUAUCGAGUGAAGAGCACGACGAGCAGCGUCGAAUGCCCACGGAAACUACAUCACGUCACAGCUUACCACCUUCAGAGGGCGCCGUGAGUUGUGAUUCGAUUCGCACAAAUUGCCAGCAACAAGAAGAAUACCAUGAAGAACCACCACCACGCCAAGCUCGAUGGAAUUCAUUGAAAGAUCGCCAGAGAAGUGGUGGUCGAUAUCGGUUCUCCGAUACUUAUAGGGAUUGGAAUCAAAUCGGCUUCCGGCGGUUUUUGUAUAGGAAAGAUUCCCGAAGCCGGCAUUACGACCAGAAGCAGCAACAGACCAACAACAGCCUUAAUAGCAAUACUGCAGCAGCAACUGCUUGGGGCUUUCGAUUGAAUUGGCGAAAUUCGUGGCCCCUGAGCCUCCAUAAGACUGAUUCCGUGAAAUGCUGUUCCAAGCCGGAAAGUGGAACAUUCUCCAGGAAUCAACCACAUCACCGUAACGCCAUUCAACAGAAUCAGCAGCAGCACCGGCAAAUCCCUCGAAAUCCGCUGAGACGGCUCCUGUCUAGUAUUUCCCGGUACAGCGAAGAAACGGAAACCGAAUCCUGCGUAGAUUCCAACGGCGGCUGUGGCGAUGACGUUUCCAACCGGCUGCUGACGGCAGACAGCGAAGAGCGACAGUACGGGCAGAUUCCGGCGCGUAUGUACUGGCUGUAUUUGAAGUCCUGUGGCCUCAAAAUGGUGGCCAUUUUUCUGCUGAGUGCCCUGGCCCAGCAAGGCCUCCGGGUCUACACCGAUUUUUGGCUCCAAAACUGGACCGACCAUAGCUCCGAUUGGAUUGCGGCCGAUGAGGUCAAGUACAACUUCCGGGUGUAUGCCGUCCUGUCCAGUCUGUGCAUUCUGCUGUCUGCGAUUUCAUUUCCGGCUGGGCAGUUGGCUGGAAGCAACGCCAGAAGAAGACUGCAUCGGCAGCUGUUGGCAUCGGUUCUGAAGAAUUCGAUCCAUUUCUUCCAAACGGUUCCUCUGGGCCGGAUCAUGAAUCGACUUAGCAUCGAUAUCGCCGUCGUAGACAAGAAAAUCGCCGCAACAAGUCAGAAGCUGCUGCAGUUUGUUCUGCUCUGCCUUUGUGCCGUGCUCAUAAAUAGUGUCGUAACGCCGUAUUUCAUCCUGUUAACAAUACCAAUUUGUGGCAUUUACUACGUCGUGCAAAAGUUUUACAGGUGCUCUUCGAGAGAACUCCAACGCAUCGAAAGCAUCACCUACUCGCCAGUAAUCGCACAUUUUUCCGAAACCAUCGAAGGUCUUCAAACGAUCCGGGCCUACCGGGUAGAGUCCCGCUUCACCGAAACCUUGUUCCGGCGGAUGGAAGCGAACAACGUGGCCCAGGUGGCCCUCAACUCGAGCAACCGGUGGCUGGGAAUUGCCCUGGAUUAUCUGGGUGCCGUUAUCGUUUUUGUGGCCAUCCUGAGUGGGCUGAUAACGGCCAGUUUGGAUCCGUCCGGAACGAGUCCGUCCCUAAUCGGAUUGGCCAUCAACUAUGCCCUGCUGGUGCCAAUUUAUCUGAACUGGGUGGUCAAACUGGUGGCGGAAAUGGAAAUGUAUGUGGGUGCCGUGGAGCGGAUCAAACUUUUCAUCGAGGGCAAUCGAGAACGGCUGGCCGAACGGAAUAGAAUUAAGUACAGACCGGUUCCGAUUUCGUGGCCCCAGAGAGGAGACAUCCUGUUCGAGGACAUUUCGCUGCGCUACGAGGGCCAGAAGGAGAACGUUAUCACUAAUUUGCAUUUGGCCAUCCCAGCUGGACAGAGGAUUGGCAUUUGUGGAAGAACCGGAAGCGGUAAAUCUUCACUGGCGCUGGCCCUAUUCGGUGCCCUGGAAGUAUCCGGUGGACGGAUUCUGAUCGAUGACGUCGAUAUCGGGGCGGUGCACACGGAUGAGCUGCGUUCUCGACUUUCCAUUAUUCCCCAGGAAUCGAUGCUUUUUGGAGGCAGCCUGAGGGAGAAUCUGGACCCGAGGGGUCACUUUAGCGAUCUGGAGCUCUGGAACUGUCUGGAGAUGGCCCAGCUGAAAGAAACUGUUAUUGCGAUGGACGAUGGAUUAGAUGCACAAAUCAGCGAGGAUCGGCCCCUGUUUAGUGCCGGCCAACGUCAGCUCCUCUGCCUGGCCCGGGCCGUCCUUCGGGGUUCCGUUUGCCUGGUUCUGGAUGAGGCCACUUCUUCGCUCGACACGGAAACGGAAAAGUUGGUCCUGGAAGCGGCUGCAAAAGCUUUCAAGGGUCGAACCGUACUGACGAUAGCGCAUCGAUUGCACUCGCUGUUCGAUUACGACCGGGUUAUAGUACUUGAACGGGGCCAGAUCGUGGAAGACGGAUGUCCCCGGGUGCUGAGGAAACGGCCUGGAUCAAAGUUCGCCGCCAUGCUGAUGAAAGCCUCGGAGGGGCAUGAAGCGGUUCCGGUGACGACGACUGGCGGCAGCACUGCUGGAAACGGUAAAAAUACAGGCGGAAGCUUUCUGGAGUUUUUCCGGCAACGUUAUAGGAGAGAGCCUUUGGUGAGGAAUGCUUCCGAGACGCAGGAAGAGUCUACGGUGUGAAAACAGAGGAAAGGCUUACACAUGUUGCUUGAAGUCAAGUUGACCUUACCAUGAGCUUAGAUUUUGAAUAAACGGAUAAGAAGGAUAUAUUUUUCAGAA